UCUAUAUAACUCUCUCUGCCUAACUAGUCCCCCAUAACUGAUCUCGUUCUCUCCCUCCCUCUAUCUCUCUAUCUCUCUAUUUCUCUGCUUUCUGAAAUGACUGCUGACGUAAGCUCUCUCGUACGGUUACUAAGUAGGUACAAUGGCGAUAGAACGACGGUAAAAGAUUCCAUCGGACAAGGAUCGUCGGUGGCGCUCAUGACUCGUGAUCUCCUCGGAAGCGGCAGUUGUCGAGGAGGUGGCGAUCAGUCGCUGGAGGUUGACCUUGACCUGCAAGUCCCCAACGGCUGGGAAAAGCGUCUCGACUUAAAGUCGGGGAAAGUGUAUAUGCAACAACGCAACUCAACGAGUUCGUCUCAUCAUCAUCGUCGCGCAGAACAAUCCAACCAAACUUUUCAAAGGCUUCAAGAUUUAAAUUUUCCUAGCAAAUCUCCGGCGAGACCAUUGUUAAGCCUCUUCGACGACACAAGCCUUGAACUGAAACUAGUCCCCUCUUCACCAUCAUCACCACCAGCAUCGUCAUCAUCAUCUUCUUCUCUGUAUGGUGUAUCAUCAACCAGUUCGAGUUUUCAGAGCGUUUGCACACUCGACAAGGUGAAGUCCGCUCUUGAGAGGGCGGGGAGAGUCUCAUCCGGGACGUUAAAGAAACGCAAAUCACCAGAAGAGGAGGACGUUUGCGAUCAAACCGCUUCCGCUGCCGCGUCGUGUCCCGUGGCGGUUGGAUGUCCAGGGUGCUUAUCGUAUGUAUUGGUGAUGAGGAAUAAUCCGAAAUGUCCGAGGUGUCAUACGGUUGUUGCUUUGCCUGCCGUGAAAAGGCCUAAAAUUGAUCUCAACAUAUCGGUUUGAAUGUUGUUCAAAAGAAAAAAAAAGACAUAUCGGUUUGAAUGGCCUGGGGGGAAGAUUGAAUGUUUCUAUUUUGUAGGUUCGAAUUCUGUAAAUCAUAUAUAAAUUAGGGGUUUAAUUGAAAAAUAAAAAGAAAAAGAAAGAGAUGGGUCUUAUUGAAAA